CUGCACUGUCACACAAAUAGAGAAAGAGAGAGAGAGACGUAAAGAAGAUAAAAAAUCUUUGCGAGAAAUCUUUGCGCAAAGGCCGGUGAUCAAAAGGUCCAAACCUAACUCUCUAAAUGUCACGGACUCUCAGCGGAUUUGGGUUUGUGCUGAAAUUGGGUUUGGUGGAAAUUUUGUAGAGAGAGAGGUCUGAGUUUGGUGUGAGAGAGCUUUUGCCUUUUGGGUUCUUUCGUUUUUUUUUUUUUGGUUUUUGAUUUUUCUUCGUUGGGGUGGUUGGGAAGCCAAUGCAAAUUGAGGAGGCUUUGGAGGGACUGUUGGGUGUUUGUUGAAGUGAACGAGAAAGAGUGAGCUCCAUGUCGUGGGCUGGCCCUGAAGAUGUCUUCCUCUCCACCUCUCUUGCUAGCUAUCUUGACAAAAAACUUCUUGUCCUGUUGCGAGAUGGUCGAAAGCUCUUGGGGCUACUAUGUUCUUUUGAUCAAUUUGCUAAUGUUGUUCUUCAAGAUGCCUGUGAGCGAGUUAUCGUUGGUGACAUUUAUUGUGACAUCCCCUUAGGUCUAUAUGUAAUCCGUGGGGAGAAUGUUGUCUUAAUUGGAGAGCUGGAUUUGGAUAAGGAAGAGCUUCCACCACAUAUGACCCGGGUGCCUGAAGCAGAAAUAAAAAGGGCUCAGAAAGCAGAAAGGGAUGCUACAGAUCUGAAGGGCUCCAUGAGAAAACGAAUGGAGUUCCUUGAUUUUGAUUGACAGAUCCUGCCAUGUUAUGACAUCAUGUCAUGUCUGCAAAUAUUAGUGCGGCUGUGACCUAAAUAUGAAUGAUGUAGGAUAAGCGUACCAGAUUUACACCAUCUCUCAGGAGAGGGAAGAAAAACAGUUGCAACACUUGUGAAGACCUAAUUAGCUGAGGCUGGGAAGGGAAGCCUGUGUCUUUUUAUCUCUUAGAGGCAAUGAUGAUGAUUUCAUUAUUCCUCCAUUGCAUGUGGGUUUUGGGCUGUGCGCAUGGUUGGGUUAUUAUCUUUUAGUUAAGGUUUUGGAUUACUUCUUGUUAGAAGAUCAUACUUCAACUCCCCCUAUGUGGUCUCUUGCGGUCUUUCUAUUAUUAUUAUUUUUUUUUAACACAGCUUUUUCUGAAAUUAUUACGAGUUGCUGAUUUGGCACCGCA